AUGGCUGAGUUCUUGUGGAAAAGUGCUGUGGUUGCUGUUAUAGUAUUGGGACUAAAUGAUAAUCAAAUUAAUUUAGUAAGAGCCGGAAAAUGCGACCUAGAAAAAACUUUCCGCACACCCAGAGACAUGUCCAAAGUAAAUUUUGACCAUUUCGAAAUAGUGGAAAGAGACGGGUACGAUAUCGAACCUACGACAACCACAACUGAAGCACCACUAGAAUCCAAGAAAAAUGGGGAUACCAUUGCUAAAGCCCAAGUACACUUGAGAUUUGGCGGUGAUGAUAUUUAUGGUAGCAACCAUAUCAUGAAAAUACCACCACAGUGUAGGAAUAUGGCAAGUCAAAUUGCACCUCAUUACCCAAGCCCUUACUACCCACCUCACUAUGCUCCUUACUAUUACCACCCAUAUCCUCCACCAGUGCCCUAUAGGUUUCCUUAUUACUAUUUCUGCAAUUCUGCCCAAGAAUCACAAAACUUGCCACGACCAUUGCAGGAAUAUUUCAGGACUCAUGGACAAUUAGGAGAAGGGGAUUUUACCAGAGGCUAUCCAGCAAUGGAGGAUGGAAGCCAUCAUACGGAUUUUAUGGAUGUAAAUCGCCGGUCAAAAAACCUACUAAAAACAAACAUCGCAGACGACACCAGACUGCAGAAUGUUGCAACAGCUCUGUUUAUAAAACCAAGAACUCUGGAGCCUCUAAAUCAGAUCGACGAGGAUAUAGAAGAAAUUAUAACGGCAAAUACAAAAACAGAUGCAUGUGCUGCAGAGAAAGACGGAGGAAACAAAAAAAAUGCCACUACAAAAGAACCUAAUCACAUCAUAGAUUUUUCAGACAAAUUGAAAAAACAUCACAAGCAUCAUGAGAAAAAAUACAAAAAGGAUGAGCUUAAAGACUGGCUACGCAAAGCUUUAGUAGCAUACGAAAAAUGUCCAAAUUGUACUGAAUCAUCAGAAACGCUGGAAAAGCUAGACUCAUGCGAAACGGAUGAGACAGAGUGCAAAUGUCUACAGUGUCAAUGCAGUAAAAAGGACGAAAAGUUAAACAAUGAUAUGGAUGAAUUGGAUAUAGUAGUUGCUGAAAUAAUUGAUCCGUACGAUAAACUAUCGAAAACUUCUAAAAAAGAUCAAAAAUCAUUAGUUUACAAUUUAGCUAAAAUUGGCGUACAGUUGGCUGAUAGUGAUUCAAUUGGUUUUCAACAAGUACCUCCAAAAAUAUCUUUGGACUUAGAAUUAUUUAAUAAUGAGGACGCACGCACAGCAUCGUUCAUUGACUCAUCAUCUACUGAUAGCUAUCGUUAUCCUAAAUCAAAAAAUUCACAUUGCGGAUGUAGGCAUACUACGUCUAAUCCCUGUGCUGCAAUAAAUUACCAAGCACCUACAAACAUAGAAACUUUAUAUGCAGAUGAGGCUGAUAUAGGUUGUAACAGGUAUCCUAUUCCUAGAAGUUAUUAUGGUUCCAGAAAUCCGUGUGGAUUUUCCAAUAGUUAUUCAUCACCAUCAGUUUACCAUAACCAUCACAGUCAUGCAACAGCUUCUCCAAGCAACUGCUAUUUCUAUCCAGAACCAAAUGUUUACAUUAAAAAGGAACCAGAACCUUAUCUACCAAAGUUAGCCCAGCUCCUUCCAGGAUCAAAUCUCAAGAUUUCAUCAAAUAAUGCACCACGUUUUUGCGCACAUUGUGGUCAUGAACAUUCUGGUAAUAAUUUUUGUGAUAAUUGCGGAAAUCCUCUAGCAAUACAUUCUACAUGUAGAGGGUAUUGAGAUGUAGGUACAACUUGUUAGUAGAUAUUAUGUGGAUUAUGUUAAUCCAAAUGAAAUGACCAGUGAUGGAUAAAAU